AUGGCUGCUCGUGCUGCCACCCUCACCAGCAAUGCCUCGCUAAUCCUCAACAUCCGCUUUCCCCUCGCCAUCCACUCGACAACAGGCCACAUUGCUGCUGCUGCGUCUUCGUCGAUCGUCUUGAACGGCAUCGCCUUUCAUGCCCCUCCUCCAUGGCUGCUAUCGCUCGUUCCGCUUCCGCUCCCCGCGCAUCCGUCACUCUCGCUCCAUCACUCGCAAUGGCUUGCGCUGGCGACAGCUUCGCCAGCAAAUGCCCCUUUUGCGCAAAUGUUGGUCUCGGUUGCCAACAACACGCACGUAGCUGGUCAGCUCUCCGGCGAGGCGCUCGCUCACUGGAUCGACGCCGCCUGGUCGACUGGCGUUCUUGGCGGAGAGUACCUGCCGAUCCGCCUCAGCCUCCCAGACAACGCCACUGCAGACGACUAUGCCAUCGUCGACCUCUCCACUGGCGCAUUGCUCAUGAUCCACUACUACGAAGUCUGCGAGCCCUUGUUCCUACCCAACGGCUUGCCACUCGCGUCUCCCGUCCCGGUCGGUGACGAUGUGGCACUCGUAUGCAACAAUGGCUACGAGCUUGUCGGUGCCGGUAGUGACGGAUUAGUGACGUGCACCGCCGACGGGACGUACCAGCCGCAAACGCCAGCAUGUCGUCCUGUGCCUGAUCCCCCUGACGCCGGGCCAUGUCCUGGCCUGGCGAUCCGUGACACCUGCGGCGUCUGCUCCGGUCCGGGCACCGCUCACAUCGCCGACUCGGAUCUCGACGCGUGCGGUGUGUGCUUUGGUGCUAAUGCCGCGCUCGAUGACUGUGGCGUGUGCUUUGGCAACAACGCUGCCAAGGACGCAUGUGGUGUGUGCUUCGGCGACGGAUCGCGAUGUGCCGGCUGCGACGGGGUGCCACACUCGGGAUUGCUCCCGGACGUGUGCGGGCUAUGCGGUGGCGAUGGGACGUCAUGCCUUGGAUGCAAUGGCAUCCCCAUUCCAUCUGGCGAUGCUGUCUUUGACGGCUGUGGCGUGUGCGGUGGCCCAGGGACUGUCGGCUCUUGCGGCGCGACGUGCAACGCGUCGGCACCUCUCCACGUCAGCUACGACUGCGCAGGGGUCUGCGGUGGCUCGGCGUACAUCGACUCGUGCGGCGCAUGCGUGGGUGGGAUUACUGGAAAACGUCCCGAGUACGCACGCGAUGGCUGUGGUGUGUGCUGGGGCGGCAACUCGAGUCGCGAUGCGUGCGGAGUAUGUGGCGGUGGCGGCACGGACAUCGACGACUGCGGCGUGUGCUUUGGCAACAACAGUGAGAAAGACGAGUGCGGCCGAUGUUGGGGAAACAAUGCGUUUCAUGAUCUGUGCGGCGUGUGCAACGGGAGCGCAACCACCUGCGCCGGCUGCGACUUUGUCAUUGGCUCCAAGCUCCGCAUCGACGACUGUGGUGUGUGCGGUGGGCAGGGUGAUUGCCACUCUACCCGCAUUCUCGGCAUGCCCUCGAUGGCGGUGGCGUUGACUACAGCUGUGAUGCUCUUCUGUGUUUUGGCAAUCAUCGGCCUUGGCACCGCAGUCUUGCUUCUGGCGCGUCGGCGGCGUCGGGCAAAGGUAGCCGCAACGGCGGCGAUCCGAAAAGCAGCCCUGGCCGAGGCUCCACACGGCGAGCUGAUCUUGAUGGUCACCCACGUUGUGUCUGCCUCGGAUAUCUGGGCCGCCAUGCCGGCUGCCAUGUACGAGGCCAUGCUCCAGCACGACAUCUGUCUCCGGCAGGUCAUCUCCGAGUAUGACGGGUACGAGAUUGCGUCUGAGCAUGACUCGUUUGUCGUCGCCUUUCCGGCAUCCGAAGCCAUUUCAGCCGUCCACGCCGCCAUCGCCAUCCACGAUCGCAUGGUCACCCUCGCAUGGCCACGGGUUCUUCUCACCUCCGACCUCUGUCCAACCGUUGUGGCCCACACAGGCCUCAACGUCUCCCACGAUGGCAGUUUAUGCCACACCUGGCGCGGUCUUCGGCUCCGUAUCGGCAUCCACGCCUGCCUCCUCACUCGAUCGUACUCGCCGGCGAGCCAGGGCAUUGAGUACGCCGGUCCCGGUCUCGCACACACAUCUGUCAUCUCCCAGGCCGCGCCCGAUGGCGCUGUCGUGGUCACCCGCGAGGUCCUCGCCUGCCUUCCGUCGACACUGCCGGCGCAUCUCUCAAUCGAGUGCGUCGACCGCGUCGUCUCGGCCAACGGCGACGUCUCCUUUGACAUCUUUGCCGUUUCCGCCCAGGGCUCUGUCACUACGGCCCGCAAAACGACUGGCCCAGUCGCAUCGAGUCAUGCUCUUGCUCAUAGCGAGAGUGGACAAGUAGGCGGGGUCUCGUCAGCGACGCCUGUCCAUGUCUCGACCACGAGCCGGUCUAGACACCUUGUCCUGAACACCCGGCUCACCAGCACGAGUCAGAAGCAGAGCGCAGGCUCGGCCCCGCACGAAGCCUCGUCGACGUCGUUCCGCUCGGCAUCGUCGGACGAUACCGAGACCACUGUUCGCUCGCGAUCGCGUCGGCUCGCAAAGUCCGAAAUGUAA